CCUGUUGCACCACCAUGUUCAAGGGGCUGAGCAAGGGCUCCCAGGGGAAGGGGUCCCCCAAAGGCUCCCCAGCCAAGGGGUCCCCGAAGGGCUCUCCCAGCAAGCACAGCCGGGCUGCCACCCAGGAGCUGGCCCUGCUCAUUUCACGCAUGCAAGCCAAUGCUGACCAGGUGGAGAGGGACAUUCUGGAGACCCAGAAGAAGUUGCAACAGGACCGGCAGAACAGUGAACAGAACCAGACGCUGCAGCACCAGCAGGAGACGGGUCGCAACCUGAAGGAAGCCGAGAUCCUGUUAAAAGAUCUCUUUCUGGAUGUGGACAAGGCCCGGCGGCUCAAGCACCCACAGGCGGAGGAGAUCGAGAAGGACAUCAAGCAACUACACGAGCGGGUGACCCAGGAGUGCGCUGAGUACCGCGCCCUGUAUGAGAAGAUGGUACUGCCCGCUGACGUGGGGCCCCGGGUGGACUGGGCCCGUGUGCUGGAGCAGAAACAGAAGCUGGUCAGUGAGGGCCAGUAUGGACCUGGCAUGCCAGAGCUGGAACAGCAGGUCGCAGAGCACAACAUUCUGCAGAAGGAGAUCGAGGCCUACGGCCAGCAGCUGCGGACCCUAGUGGGACCGGACGCUGCCACUAUCCGGAACCAAUACAGGGACCUACUGAAGGCUGCUUCGUGGCGCCGGCAGAGCCUGGGCAGUCUGUACACGCACCUGCAGGCCUGCACGCGGCAGCUGGGCGCCCUGGCGGAGCAGCAGAGCCGCAUCGUGCGACAGGACUGGAGCGACCUCAUGGCCGACCCCGCGGGAGUGCGGCGGGAGUACGAGCACUUCAAGGAGCACGAGCUGCUGGGCCAGGAGCAGAGCGUCAACCAGCUGGAGGAUGACGCGGAGCGCAUGGUGGAGCUCGGGCACCCCGCCGUCGGGCCCAUCCAGGUCCACCAGGAGGCCCUGAAGACAGAAUGGCAGAACUUCCUGAAUCUGUGCAUCUGCCAGGAGAGCCAGCUGCAGCACGUGGAGGACUACCGCAGGUUCCAGGAAGAGGUUGACUCGGUCAGCCAGACCCUGAAGAAGCUUGGCUCCAGCUUGGACACCAAGUAUGGCCCUGCCGCUGGGGGAUCCGCCAUGGAGCUGCUGAGACAGCUGGAGGCAGAGGAGAAGCAGCUGGCUAUGGCUGAGAAGGCCAUCGGGGACCUGCAACGACAAAGCCGGGAGGUGGCCCCUCUGCCACUGCGCAGGAACCCGCCUGAACAGCCUCUGCUCGUGGACAGCAUCUGCGACUGGGACUCGGGAGAGGUGCAGCUGCUUCGGGGAGAGCAGUACAGACUGAUGGACAACGCCGACCCACACACCUGGGUGGUGCAGGGCCCUGGAGAGGACCCCAAGAGUGCCCCGGCCGUCUGCUUCUACAUCCCAGCUCCAGAUCCUGAAGCUGUGGCCAGGGCCUCCAGCCUGGCGUUGGAGCUGCAGACCCUGAAACAGAAACUUCCAGCAGUCCACAGCCACCUGAAGGCUGUUGCUGCAGAGUCCUUACAGCCUGGCCAGCAGGCUCCAGCUGACUCGGCCCCAGCAGACCCACAGGCCCAGAAGCUGCUGACACAGAUGACUCAGCUGGAUGGGGAACUGGGGCAGAUAGAGAAGCAGGUGCUGACCUGGGCCCGGACUCCCCUCAACCGCUCUGCUCUGCUAGAGGACCUGGAGAGCCGCACCCGUGGACACAAGGGAACAGCACAGCGCCUGCAGAGCCUGGGAGCUGAGAAGGAGGCGGCCCAGCAGGAGUGUGAGGCGUUUCUGUCUGCAAAGCCCGUGGGCCCCGCUGCCCUGCAGCUGCCAGUGGCCCUCAACAAUGUCAAGAACAAGUACAGUGACGUGCAGAUCCUGUGCACCCUCUACGGGGAGAAAGCCAAGGCUGCCCUGGGCCUGGAACAGCAGAUCCAGGAUGCAGACAAGGUCAUCCGGGGCUUUGAGUCCACCCUAGCACAGGAGACCCCCAUCCCUGAAGGGUCAGGGGCACUGCAGGAGAGGGUCUGCGAGCUGCAGCGCCAGCGGAGGGAGCUCCUGGAUCAGCAGGCCUGUGUGCUGGGGCUGCACCGGCAGCUGAAGGCCGCUGAGCAUGCAUGCAGCGCCUUGCAGAAUAACUUCCAGGAGUACUGCCAGGAUCUGCCACGCCAGCAGCGCCAGGUGCGGGCCCUCACCGACCGUUACCAUGCUGUGGGAGACCAGCUGGACCUGCGGGAGAAGACUGUGCAGGACACUAGCCUCACCUUCCAACAGUUCAAGAACCGCAGGGACAACCUGAGCUCCUGGCUGGAGCAGCUGCCCCACAACCAGGUGCGGCCCAGCGACGGGCCCAGCCAGGUGGCCUACAAGCUGCAAGCACAGAAGAGGCUGAUACAAGAGAUCCAGGGCCGAGAGCGGGACAGGGCCAUGGUGUCCCGUCUCUCCCAGGACCUUCAGGCAGCUCUCCAGGACUAUGAGAUGCAAGUGGAUACCUACCGUUGCUCCCUGGAACCCACCCUGGCAGUGUCAGCUCCCAAAAGACACCGAGGGAUUUCCCUGCAGGAGAGCAUCCAGGCCCAGGAGAACCAUCUAACCAAGGCUUUCACUGAGGUGGCAGCUGCCCACCAGCAGCAACUGUACCAGCUGGAGUUUGCCAGAAAGAUGCUGGAGAAGAAGGAGCUCAAUGAGGACACCCACGUGACCCAUGAUGCAAAGCAGGGGUCUGAAAGCCCAGUCCAAACUGGGAGGGAGUCCGAGGUCCUGAGGAACCAGCUGGAAGAGGAAAGGAAGCGGGUGGCCCAGGUGCAGCAUGAGCUGGAGAAACAAAGACAGCAGCUGCUGCAGCUGAGGACCCAGCAGCCCGUGGAGAGGCUGGAGGAGAAGGAAGUCAUGGAGUUCUAUCGCGAGCCCCAGCUGGAGAGCAGUGUGGCCCGGCUAUCAUCCCAGGUGGAGGAGGAGGGCAAGAGGCGGGCCGGCCUGCAGGCGGAGCUGGAGGCCUUGGCCCAGAAGGUCGUUCAACUGGAGGGCAAGAGAAGGACCACGCAGCCUCAUCUGCUGACCAAGGAGGUCACCCAAAUUGAGAGGGACCCUAGCCUGGACAGCCAGGCGGUACAGCUGCGCAGCGAGAUGCAGCGGCUGCGUGGGGAGGACACCGUCUUCUCAGCCCAGCUGGAGGAGCUGAAGAAUGAGCUGCUGGCCCUGGAGCAGAAGGAGGUGAAUGUGAAAGAGAAGGUCAUGGUGAAAGAAGUGGUCAAGGUAGAGAAAGACCUGGAAAUGGUGAAGGCAGCCCAGGCUCUGAGGCUGCAGAUCGAGGAGGAUGCUGCUCGGAGGAAGCAGGCCGAGGAGACAGUGGCCAAGCUGCAGGUUCGUAUCCAAGACCUAGAGCAGGUGAUCAGCUCGGUGGAGCCCAAGGUCAUCGUGAAGGAGGUGAAGAAAGUGGAGCAGGACCCCAGCCUUCUCAAAGAGGCCUCCAGGCUGAGGAGCCUCCUGGAGGAGGAACGGAACAAGAAUGCCACUCUCGCCAGGGAGCUGAGAGACCUGCAGGGCAAGUACAGUGUGGUUGAGAAGCAGAAGCCCAAGGUGCAGCUCCAGGAGCGAGUCCACGAGAUCUUCCAGGUUGACCCGGAGACGGAGCGGGAGAUCACGCGGCUGCGGGCGCAGCUGCAGGAGACGGCGGGCAAGAGGAGCGAAGCGGAGCAAGAGGUGGAGAGGCUGCUGCCCGAGCUAGAGCUCCUGCGCGCCCAGAAGCCCACAGUGGAGUACAAGGAGGUGAUUGAGGAGGUGGUGAGGCACGAGAAGAGCCCGGAGGUGUUGCGGGAGAUCGACCGCCUCAAGGCCCAGCUCAAUGAGCUGGUCAAUGCCAACGGGCGCUGCCAAGAACAGCUCAUCCGGCUGCGUGGGGAGCGGGACGAGUGGAAGCGGGAGCGGUCCAAGGUGGAGACCAAGAUGGUGAGCAAGGAAGUGGUGCGCCACGAGAAGGACCCGGUGCUGGAGAAAGAGGCCGAGAGGCUGCGCCAGGAGGUGCGGGAGGCUGCCCAGAAGAGGCGGGCUGCCGAGGAUGUGGUCUACGAGCUUCAGAACAAGUAUCUGCUGCUGGAGAGGAGGCGGCCUGAGGAGAAGGUGGUGGUGCAGGAGGUGGUGGUCAUGCAGAAGGACUUGAGGCUGCGUGAGGACCACAGUCGGUUGAGCCGCAGCCUGGACGAGGAGGUGGGCCGCCGGAGGCAGCUGGAGCGCGAGGUGCAGCAGCUCCAAGGCAGCGUGGAGGAGAAGGAGGGCCUGCUCAACUUCCCUGAGGACCGCGGCAGGAAGCUGGCCGUGGAGAAGGAGCUGCGGCAACUGACCCUGAAGAUCCAGGAGCUGGAGAAGCGGCCUCCUGCCGCACAAGAGAAGAUCAUCAUGGAGGAAGUGGUCAGGCUGGAGAAAGACCCGGAUGUAGAGAGGUCCACCGAAGCCCUGCGGCGAGACGUGGAUGAGGAGAAGACCCAGGUGAUGAAGUUGCACCGCGAGUGCAAGAACAUGCAGGUUCAGAUCGAGCUCUUGGAGAAAAGCAGGCCGCAGGAGAAGACCAUCUACAAGGAAGUGAUCAGGGUGGAGAAGGACCCAGUGCUAGAGGGUGAGCGAGCCCGGCUAUGGGAGACCCUUCACCGGGAGCGAGCAGCCCGCCAGGGCCGGGAGGAGGAUGUGCGGCGCCUACGGGAGCGCAUCGACAGGGCUGAGGCACUGAAGAGGACCUGGUCCCGCGAGGAGGCCGAUCUGCAAAAGGCCCGCGACCAGGCGAGCCAGGAGCGCGGGCAGCUGCAGCAGGAGCUGCGGGAGCUGGAGCGUCACAAGCAGCAGAGAGUGCUGCAGCUGCAGGAGGAGGGGAAGCUGCUCAGCCGCAGGACCGAGAGCGAGCGGCAGAAGGCAGCCCAGCGGAGCCAGGUGCUCUCCAAGCUUGAGGCAGCCAUUAUCCAUGAGAAGGACCAGAUCUAUGAGAAGGAGAGGACCCUCAGGGACCUGCAUACUAGAGUGAGCCGAGAGGAGCUCUGCCAGGAGACCCAGACCCGGGAGACCAACCUGUCCACCAAGAUCUGCAUCUUGGAACCCGAGACUGGAAACGACAUGUCCCCUUAUGAGGCCUAUAAAAGGGGAAUCAUUGACAGAGGUCAGUACCUCCAGCUGCAGGAGCUUGAGUGUGACUGGGAGGAGGUCACCACCUUGGGCCCCGGUGGAGAGGAGUCCGUACUCCUGGACCGCAAGAGCGGGAAGCAGUACUCCAUUGAGGCCGCCCUCCGCUGCCGCCGCAUCUCCAAGGAGGAGUACCACCUCUACAAGGAUGGCCGCCUCCCCAUCUCUGAGUUCGCCCUGCUCGUGGCAGGGGAGACCAAACCCUGCUCCACACUCUCCAUCGGCUCCAUCAUCUCCAAGUCUCCACUCUGCUCCCCAGCUGCCCAGAGCGCCAGUUUCUUCUCCCCAGGCCUGUCUCUUGGGCUUACGGAUGACAGCUUCCCCAUCGCUGGGGUUUACGACACAACCACAGACAACAAGUGCAGCAUCAAGACGGCUGUGGCCAAGAACAUGCUGGACCCCAUCACGGGGCAGAAGCUGCUGGAAGCCCAGGCAGCCACAGGGGGCAUUGUGGACCUCCUCAGCCGAGAGCGGUACUCUGUGCACAAGGCUGUGGAGAGGGGACUCAUUGAGAACACCUCCACUCAACGGCUACUCAAUGCUCAGAAGGCCUUCACUGGCAUCGAGGACCCAGUCACCAAGAAGAGACUGUCAGUGGGGGAGGCCAUCCAAAAGGGCUGGAUGCCCCAGGAGAGUGUAUUUCCACACCUGCUGGCGCAGCACCUUACUGGGGGGCUCAUUGACCCCAAGAGGACGGGACGCAUCCCCGUCCCUCAGGCUGUGCUCUCAGGCAUGAUCAGUGAAGACCUGGGCCAGCUCCUGCAAGAUGAGUCUAGCUAUGAGAAGGACCUAACAGACCCCAUCUCCAAAGAACGCCUGAGCUACAAAGAGGCGAUGGGACGCUGCCGCAAAGACCCCCUGAGCGGCCUGCUGCUCCUCCCAGCCGUGCUGGAAGGGUACCGCUGCUAUCGGGCGGCCUCUCCCACCCUGCCGCGCUCCUGCGUGCGCUAGGGGCUGAGCACCCCUCCUCACCCGGGAGCAUCAUGAUCCCAGAGAGUCUUUCCUCUGUCCAUCCAUCACUGUCUUACUCUCAAACAUUUAUGGUGUUGGGCUCCCUCCUCAACCACUACCCAUCCCGCCCCAUACUUCCAAUAAACAGAUCCUCCCAGUACCUUGUCUCGCCCACAUUUGAGGACGCACAAUCAGUGUGUCUGGAGGUUGCGCAUAGGGACAGCAUUGCUUGGAAACUUCCCCAAGUAGGGGUGGAUGUGCAUAAUUUGCUUCCUGAGAAGUGAUGGUGGUUGUUUAGAUUUAGGAUAGGGAUGUGGUAAGUCAUAGAAAAGAGACCAGGGACUGGGGAGAUUGCUCAGUGGUUAAAGGUACCUGCCUGCAAAGCCUGAUGGGCUGGAUUUGAUUCCCUAGUUCCUACAGAAAGCUACAUAC